AUGUCGUCUUCUACCACCCGCAAAUACGCCGCUGUGCUUUGGGGCCACUUCUUGGUCUUUUCUAAAGGUGUUUUUCUUCUUGAGGGUUAUUUGAAAGAAUCAACCGGAAAGCGUCUCUCAAACAUCAACGUUGAGACGGUAAAGUCGAACAAACUAGCUCUCCCUAAGCUUCUCUUCACUUCUCCUUCUCCAGGCAACAGUAAGUAUCACUUUGCACACUGCGGAGGAGAGGAGAGCAGGUUAAGUAUCGGCCGAGGAAUAGUAACUAGUUUCCAUACGUUGAAAGACAAGUAUUGUGAACUAUUAACUUGGACACAGAAGCAGCCUCUGCCCAUCAAUGUCGCUGCAUCCUCCGCCAUCGUCGGUGUAGAAGGAGCUUUUGCAGGGUUUCUAGUCCAUACAAUGUUUCAGGCCUGCCUUGGCUCGCAAGCUGCGGUUUCACCCUAA